GCCGAGACCUGCUCCUCAAGGCAAAAAAUUUCCUUCCUUAUUGAACCCACCCAAAAAAAAAAAAGGGAGCAAAGGUAAAUAUAAUACUAAUAGCUCAACGGACUGGAAUUCCUUCUUUUCACCCCAACUUUCUCGAACUUUCUCAUUUUUUCCUUCCGCUACUCUUUACUUACAUCUACAACCGACAUCUUAGACGUCGCCGUCCUCGUCUCACCGUCGCAAACAUGGACACUAGGAUCGGAGCACUGGACACGUGUAAGCCACUCAGCAACGACGUCGGUAGUCUCCCCACCAAUGGCGCCGUCACCAUCCACCAAUCUCCCAUUUCUUUCAACUCUGCUGACUCCACUCUCGGACGCCACCUCGCUCGCCGUCUCGUCCAGGUCGGCGUAAAUGACGUCUUCUCCGUUCCCGGCGACUUUAACCUCACACUCCUCGACCACCUCUUGGCUGAACCGGGCCUCAAUCUCGUAGGCUGCUGCAACGAACUCAACGCCGGCUACGCGGCUGACGGCUACGCCAGGUGCCGCGGAGUCGGGGCCUGCGUUGUCACCUUCACCGUCGGCGGCUUGAGCAUACUCAACGCCAUAGCCGGUGCCUACAGCGAGAACCUUCCAGUAAUAUGCAUCGUUGGCGGUCCUAACUCCAAUGACUACGGAACCAACCGGAUCCUCCAUCACACCAUCGGAUUGCCCGAUUUCAGCCAGGAACUUCGUUGCUUUCAAACGGUCACUUGCUACCAGGCUGUCGUGAAUAAUUUGGAGGAUGCGCAUGAGGCUAUAGAUACGGCAAUAUCGACGGCAUUGAAGGAGAGUAAACCGGUGUAUAUCAGCAUCAGUUGUAAUUUGCCUGCAAUUCCACACCCAACCUUUAGCCGCGAACCAGUUCCGUUUUCACUCUCUCCCAAAUUGAGUAAUCAGAAGGGAUUGGAGGCUGCAGUGGAAGCAGCAGCAGAGUUCUUGAACAAGGCCGUGAAGCCAGUGAUGGUGGGAGGCCCCAAGCUGCGCGUUGCAAAGGCAUGUGAGGCGUUUGUUGAAUUGGCAGAUGCUUCUGGAUAUGCCCUUGCAGUGAUGCCAUCAGCCAAAGGGCUAGUUCCUGAACAGCAUUCACAUUUCAUUGGUACUUACUGGGGCGCCGUGAGUACCGCGUUUUGUGCUGAAAUUGUGGAGUCAGCCGAUGCUUACAUAUUUGCUGGACCCAUAUUCAAUGACUACAGCUCUGUUGGCUACUCCCUGCUUCUGAAGAAAGAGAAAGCUAUCAUAGUGCAGCCCGAUCGUGUCACCAUUGCUAACGGCCCUGCUUUUGGGUGUGUUCUGAUGAAGGAUUUCCUGAGGGAGCUGGCCAAGAAGCUAAAGCGCAACACAACUGCUUAUGAGAAUUACGAGCGGAUUUAUGUUCCAGAAGGACAUCCUCUGAAAUGUCAGCCUAAGGAGGCAUUGAGGGUUAAUGUUCUGUUCCAGCACAUUCAGAACAUGAUGUCAGGCGAUACGGCGGUAAUUGCUGAGACAGGGGACUCCUGGUUCAAUUGCCAGAAGCUGAAAUUGCCUGAGGGAUGCGGUUACGAGUUCCAAAUGCAAUAUGGAUCCAUCGGCUGGUCAGUGGGAGCGACUCUUGGAUAUGCUCAAGCAGCGCAACAAAAGCGUGUGAUAGGUUGUAUUGGGGAUGGUAGCUUUCAGGUAACCGCACAGGAUGUGUCAACAAUGGUACGAUGUGGUCAGAGGACUAUCAUCUUCCUCAUUAACAAUGGCGGUUACACUAUUGAAGUUGAGAUCCACGAUGGACCUUAUAAUGUUAUCAAGAAUUGGAAUUAUACUGGGUUGGUUGAUGCAAUCCACAAUGGAGAGGGAAAAUGCUGGACAACCAAGGUCCGAUGUGAAGAGGAACUCAUAGAGGCUAUUGAAACUGCAACUGGUGCAAAGAAAGAUUGUUUGUGCUUCAUUGAGGUGAUUGUUCACAAGGAUGACACGAGCAAAGAACUGCUCGAAUGGGGUUCUAGAGUCUCUGCUGCAAACAGCCGCCCACCAAACCCUCAGUAAACUGACAUGGCGGUGCAAAAUGUUAAUUCAAUCUGCUAAUGCUCAAGUCAAUAUUAAUUUCUUUUGCUCUUGUUCUGUCAAAUCGUCCUUGGUAUCUCUUUCCGUUAUUUCAACGAAUGUAUUCAGUCUACUACCGUUUCAAUGUGGAGUACAAGAUUGUCCUUGGCAUCUCUGUCCUUCCUCAAGUCCAAUCCACUUCGAAUUGUGACGGCGAUAGAAUUUAUGGAUGGGCCCUUAAAUGGCCCAAAGCAUUAUUUC